UGUCCCAGAUAUUUGCUCAUUACCAAACAGUGGGAGGAAGAAGCACGUAAAGCUUUGAGAAGGUUGAGAGCCAGUAACCAAGUGGAAGAAGACAUUGAGGAAAUGAGAGCCGAAGAACGAGCUCAACAAGCCGAGUCUCGAAUAUCGAUGACAGAGCUCAUAUGUAGCCCAACGUUGAGAGCGCCUCUGGUUAUUGGUGUGGUUAUGCAACUUUCCCAACAGCUUUCAGGCAUUAAUGCUGUAUUUUACUAUUCAACAAAUUUGUUCACUAGUUCUGGUUUGACAGAGGAGAGUGCCAAGUUUGCAACCAUUGGCAUAGGUGCCAUUAUGGUUUGUAUGACGUUAGUAUCCAUCCCGCUUAUGGAUAGAACAGGAAGACGUACACUGCACUUAUACGGUCUUGGUGGCAUGUUUAUCUUUUCAAUAUUCAUCACAAUUUCUUUUCUCAUAAAGGAAAUGAUUGACUGGAUGUCGUAUCUGUCGGUCGUGUCGACGCUCUUGUUCGUAGUAUUCUUUGCUGUUGGGCCUGGUUCCAUACCUUGGAUGAUUACGGCUGAGCUGUUCUCGCAGGGUCCUAGACCUGCCGCCAUGUCUAUCGCGGUACUCGUCAAUUGGAUGGCUAAUUUUUUGGUUGGCAUUGGUUUCCCAAGUAUGAAGACUAGCCUUGAAAACUACACGUUCCUACCAUUCAGUGCAUUCCUAGCCAUCUUCUGGAUCUUCACGUACAAGAAGGUUCCUGAGACCAAGAAUAAAACAUUCGAAGAAAUUCUAGCUUUAUUCAGGCAUGGUAACGACAGGAGCAGCUUGCGGGACAGCAGACUCUAUGGGAGCAUGCUAAACUGUGUGAAUGCAUUAGAGGGACACAUACCGCCAGCAGAGAGUGCAGCCCUGAUGGUGGCCGAGGAGAAGCCACAUCCUGAUUCAUUUGUGUUUGCAGCUGGAUCAGAACGAUCUUCCGGCGCUCCCGCUCAGCCGGAGAGACCACCGCCCCCGCUUCCCCCGCCACGCUUUCCGAACAGCGGUGUCUGACAAUGGGAAACAGCUCCUCUUAAUAUCGGUAAUCUAGUGAUCAUGAACGCGUCGAUACCACUGCCGCUACUGCUCACCGCCAACAGCCUCACAUUGGAAAAUCAAUUAUACGAGAUCAUCACGGAGAGGAGCAAGGCCUGCGCGGCUUUCUUGCGGAAUAGUUUUCGUCGGGCAUUUAACGCGUCCACUGUCAGCUGGAGUGUCACGGAGAGUUUCGAUAGUGACGUAUCGUGCAAUCGUGCCUGAAUCCAGAGAAAAAAAAAAGAAAAGAAAAGGAACGAACCGAACCGAAAUAACCCAUCGAUUCGAUCGAGAUUUCGAAUCGCACAGAUUCGAUCGGUACUGGCUAACGAAUUCUCGUUAACGAAUGUACUUAGCACACCCAGAUCCGCGCGUUACUUCGUUUCACGGAUCCUGGGGAGCCUGGUAGUAACGUAACGAUUUUUCUUGAACGAGAUAGAGUGACAGCAAGUGCGGAGGAGGUAAUGAAUAGGCCGCGCGAUAAACUGGCUCGUGUAACGAGAUAAUUUACAAUCGUGAGAGAGAGAGAGAGAGAGAGAGAGAGAGAGAGAGAGAGAGAGAGACCACGAGGUGGAGGAGAUCUUCGAUAAGAGAAAUAAAAAAAAAUCUAACGAAAUGAUGCGAAAGUGAUUGUGCCUAGACAUUUGCGUUCGGAUGAAACGCGCGUAACGAGUUGGACCGUGAUCACUGUAUGGGAAUUUGAACUUCGUGCGACGUCGAAGAGACAUAGAGAACGUGUGUAAUUGCUAUAUGCGACGAUGAAUCGUUUAACGAGAAAAAGAAAACCCCAGAGAAAAAGGUGUAUCUAUAUACUUCACUUUUAUAUCGUUAAUUUCGUAGGAUUUAUUCGAGUUAUACGUCAUUUUGUAUAUCACACCGUCGUCUUUAUAACUGAUUGCACUGUAAUAUUAUUAUCCGCUGUGCGUUAACCCCUUCGUGUGCCACCCAUUUCAAUGCAUUUAAUGGGCGUUACUUGUUUUUUCUUUUUCUUCUUUCUUAAUGAAAAAUGUUUUUAUUUUAGAAUCUGUUAUUAAUUGGAAGUAGAAUCUACAUAUUUAUUAUUUGCAAUUAGCAUUUUCGGAGCAUAUGAUUUUUGACGAGCACAAGAUGAUUGCAUCGUUCUAAUAAUUUUAGAUGAAACAGCAGAGAGAAAAAUAAGCCAUUUGUUAGUUUUUGUUUGAACCAUCAGAAGCUUACAUCUCUCGCUACUUUUCACAUUGAAUUAUAAUUUAAGCCAGUAAAUGCCAAGCUUUUCUCUCUGAAAGUGUUUGAAAUCUCCCAACCUGGAGGCUAUUCGAAUAUUAAACGUGUCAAAUUAUUAGGUUGUCCCGAAAGUUUCUUUCGCGAGUUGCAUUCAAUUAUUUUAUGUGGUCGUGUUUAUAUAAAUAGACAAUCUAAUUUCAUAGAUAUUCAUGUUGUAACAGUAAUGGAGCAAAAUGAAUCGUACACAAUUCAGUAAUGUAACAUAAAACAUAAACUAUUGUGCAUCUAUUACUUAUUAAUAAAGCGAAAGAAACUUUUGGGACAACCUAAUAAAAUAAAAUCUGCUAAUACAAACUAGUGACACUUUGUCAUUGUGUCGUCAAAAAUAUUGCACUCCGUAAAUUUUAAUUGGGCAAUUAAUAUACAGUCAGUCCCAUAAAUAUUUCUACCCUCUAUGUCUAUUAAAGGUCUAAAUUAAAUGAUGAGUUUGAUGUUUCUAAACACAUUUUUCAUUAUAAAUAUAUACACGUGUAAAGUAUAUUCACGUACAUGUUUAUAAUGAAACAUUUAUUUGGAAGCAUCAAACCUAUCAUUUAAUUUAAACCAAUUUCUCCGAUAGACAUAAGUGGGUACGAAUACUUAUGAGUUAAUGCACAUCAGUCGGUUUUGUUACAAAUGUAAUACAAUUUUUAAAAAAAGUCUUUACUCCAGAUUUUAUCAUUUUUUUCAACAUUACAUUCGUUGACAUCAAAGGUUGCAUACCAAACUUAGAAAUAACCCAUAAAAGAAAAACUACACGGUUGAUGUCGUAAAAAUGACGCAACUUGUCCGAUACUGGUGUGAAUAAAAAAAAACGUUGCUUGGGUUGGCAUAAAGGGGUUAAUCAGUUCAAUUCGAAACGAAUUUCACGACAGAAAUUAGCCGCGCAGCUAACGCUGAAUGUUUCGAAUCUGAUAUCGACCAAAUUAACCGUGUACGGAGUCUAUCUUUUCCAUGCUCACAGUGUUAACGACAUUUAUCGUGUUUAAAUGUCGUUCU